GUUCGCUCUCGAUUCUCGAGAUGGAAAGCUCCGCCACGAGCUGGGUCAGGGGUCGCCCACUCGGUGUCGGCGCCCAUGCGGCGGUCCACCUCGCCGUCGAAAGCUCCACCGGCCAUGUCUUCGCCGUCAAGUCCGUCGGCUUGACCUCCUCCCCGCUCGCCUCCCUCCGCGCACUCGAGAACGAGGUCCAAAUCCUCAAGUCCCUCAGCUCUCCCUACGUCGUGUCCUACCUCGGCGACGACACCGCCGGGGGUCGCCGCAACCUGCACCUCGAGUUCAUGCCGGGCGGCACGGCGGCGGACGCCGCCCUGGGCGACGAGCCCCGCGUGCGCGCGUACGCGCAGUGCGUGGCGCUCGCGCUGCGGUACCUCCACGACGUCGCCGGCGUCGUGCACUGCGACGUCAAGGGCCGGAACGUGCUGCUGAGCGGAGGCGGACGCGGCCCGGCGGCCAAGCUCGCGGACUUCGGCGUGGCGGUGAGGGUCGGAGCCGCUUCCGGCGGCUGCGCGCGUGGCGGGACGCCGUUGUGGAUGGCGCCAGAGGUGGCGAGGGGGGAGCGCCCGACGCCGGCGGCAGACGUGUGGUCGCUUGGGUGCACAGUGAUAGAGAUGGCGACGGGAGGAGCGCCCCCGUGGCCGAAUUUAGCGGGCGAAGACGCCAUUGGAGCAAUGCUCAGGAUUGGCUACGGAGAGGGAACACCCGAGUUGCCGGCGAAGCUGUCAGAAAUUGGCCGGGAUUUCGUGGCCAGGUGCUUGAGAAGGGACGCGAGAGAGCGGUGGACGGCGGAGCAGUUACUGAGCCAUCCUUUUUUGGCGAAACAGAGCACGGAAACAGAACCUUCGCCGAGAGGCGUUCUCGAGUGGACUAAGAACAACGACGGCGACGAAGAAGGCGAUACCGGCGAGGAAUUCGAAUGCAUUAGCCACGAUCUAGAAGAGCAUAGUGAUGCGAUAAUCGCCGGCGCAAGGGAAAUAAUGAGGGAAUUGGCAUGGGAAGGAAGACGGCUGGAUUGGUUUCGGAGCGAAGGAUGGCAGCUGGCAAGGGGCACAGAAGCAGAGGAAGAGGAGAACAAAGAACAGAGCUGCUCUGUUUCUUGCUUCUGCCAUUGUUGCCAGACUUGUUGCUGGUGGUGUUUUGCCAGUGGUUUGAUCUUGGGCUUGUACCAUUUGUGGUCACGUCUAUUCAUGAAAAUUAAUAGAAUUCCACAUUUGAGCAAAUUCAAACAGGCCUAG